GCGCGAGUCUCUGUUUGUUGAUGCGCGGCAGGGCUUGCGGUCCUAAACAUGGCUCUGGAAGUGGAAUCAGCGGACGUGAUCCGGCUCAUCAUGCAGUACCUUAAGGAGAACAACCUACACAGGAGCUUGGCCACGCUUCAGGAGGAGACCACCGUGUCUCUCAACACCGUGGAUAGUAUCGAAAGCUUUGUGGCUGACAUAAACAACGGCCACUGGGACACGGUCCUUCAGGCCAUCCAGUCGCUCAAGCUCCCCGACAAGACCCUGAUUGAUCUGUAUGAGCAGGUUGUACUGGAGCUGAUUGAGUUGCGUGAACUGGGCGCGGCCCGCUCCCUGCUCCGGCAGACGGACCCGAUGAUCAUGCUGAAGCAGACCCAGCCUGAGCGCUACAUCCACCUGGAGAACCUGUUGGCACGGUCCUACUUUGACCCGCGGGAGGCCUACCCAGAUAGCAGCAGCAAGGAGAAGCGACGAGCGGCCAUCGCCCAGGCGCUGGCGGGCGAGGUCAGCGUGGUGCCCCCCUCGCGUCUCAUGGCCCUGCUCGCACAGUCUCUGAAAUGGCAACAGCACCAGGGACUGUUGCCCCCAGGGAUGACCAUCGACUUGUUCAGGGGCAAAGCAGCCGUGAAGGAUGUGGAAGAGGAGCGUUUCCCCACCCAGCUCAGUCGCCACAUCAAGUUUGGGCAGAAAUCCCACGUGGAGUGUGCUCGCUUCUCCCCCGACGGGCAGUACCUCGUCACCGGCUCCGUCGACGGCUUCAUCGAGGUGUGGAACUUCACCACGGGCAAAAUCCGGAAGGAUUUGAAGUACCAGGCCCAGGACAACUUCAUGAUGAUGGACGAUGCCGUGCUCUGCAUGUGCUUCAGCCGUGACACUGAGAUGUUGGCCUCUGGCGCGCAGGAUGGAAAGAUAAAGGUGUGGAAGAUCCAAAGUGGCCAGUGUCUGCGUAGGUUCGAGCGCGCCCACAGCAAGGGGGUCACCUGCAUCGCGUUCUGCAAGGACAGCAGUCAGAUCCUCAGUGCCUCCUUUGACCAGACCAUCAGAGUGCAUGGGCUGAAGUCAGGGAAGCUGCUGAAGGAGUUCCGUGGACACACGUCGUUUGUGAACGAGGCCACGUUCACCCCCGAUGGACAUUAUAUCAUCAGCGCUUCCUCUGACAGCACUGUCAAGAUCUGGAAUGUAAAAACGACAGAAUGCACGAACACCUUCAAGUCCCUGGGCACGUCGGCGGGCACAGACAUCACCGUUAACAGCGUAAUCAUUCUGCCCAAAAACCCCGAACACUUUGUGGUGUGCAACCGCUCCAACACGGUCGUCAUCAUGAACAUGCAGGGCCAGAUUGUAAGGAGCUUCAGUUCCGGUAAACGGGAAGGAGGAGACUUCGUGUGCUGCACGCUGUCCCCACGAGGGGAGUGGAUAUACUGCGUGGGGGAGGACUUUGUGCUCUACUGCUUCAGCACCAUCACCGGAAAGCUGGAGAGAACGCUGACGGUCCAUGAGAAGGACGUGAUCGGCAUCGCACACCAUCCCCAUCAGAACUUGAUCGCCACCUACAGUGAGGAUGGCCUCCUCAAACUGUGGAGGCCCUGAGAUUGACGUGGGUUGGAGUUGCAUGAAGCUGUAUUUAAUUAAUUUAUUGUGAGGUCAUCUUCGGCUCCAGAUCUUAUAAUCCAUAUUUAUUUCGGAGGUGAAGUGUUUUCUAGGAAUCAUCUGGUCGUAUUUUCAGCUAAAGUGCACUGGACUUGUGUUUUGGGUCUUUCUGACAGCAUCCUCCUGACAGAUGGGAUGUAGUUCUCAUUGCGAUCUCGCUGUUUGCCUGAAUGCAUGGACGUUUAUAUUAUAGCAGGUUGCGAAACGUACUAGAUGCUCAUUAUUUUUUGUUCGUUGUGUAGUCCUGUUCCGAAGCAUCCGCCUGCAUGUGGGCCAGUGUUUAAUGGUGUCACAGAAGAUACAGUUAGCAUGACGCUGAUUACGACGUACCUCGGCCUUAUCUCAGAAUGACUGGGAGGUUUGUUUGUUUUUGAAGUAUUGCAUGUUUGUUUGUUUGCUGUUGAUUUGCUUGUAUACUAAAGCCUUGUGCGUAACUUUCAGGAAUAUUUAUAAACAACAUAAAAGCCGAACAGAGUUAUUUUUUGUGAUAUUUCAUAUUAAGUAGAUAAUAUGGAAACGUUUGCCUUUUGUAAAACUAGCUUUAUUUUAACUGGGACACUUGCUUAAGUAAAAAUGCAGUAUAUAUUUUUAGCUCGUGGAGGUACAUGUUGACUUUUGUUGCCUUAAAAUGUGGUGAAUGUUUGUUUGCAGUCUUACUGGUGUGUCAGACUAUUUUUGAAAUUGAGUUCGGUGUCAUUUGUGAUGGUCCGGGAAAACUAACCUAAGUGUGUGAACUCGCAGGCCCUUGGUGUUUCUCCUAUCUGCACUUGGAACCAAGAGCUGUCUUCUGCAUCGUUCUUAUAAACCUCAUCUGCAUGCAAACCCAUGGAUGCAUUACAAGUCGUGACUGCAUGUUUCUCCCCGAUAGUUAUGACAUUAAUACGGCUUUAUAACUUUAUAUGUCAUUGUUCUGGGUGUUUAUCUGCCCCAGCUGUCUGUCAAAUCCUCACCAGCAAUGACUGGAUAAUAUUUGUUGAACUAAAAAGGCUGAAUAGCGGCACCUACAGGCAGCUUCUGGCAUUGCACAUAACCUGUACAAAGGUCCUCUAAUCCAGUUGUAAUAUCCUUCUGAUUAUACUGCUUUUUUGCCAUCAUCCUUGUACUUGGCUGUUAAACUAACUGUUAAAUCCAUAAAUUGUUAAAUAGCAACCUGUUACUCAAGGGCUCAAGACACUCAUCGUUUGUAUGUUAAAGAAUAAAAAUGCUUGUUCCCGCAUUCAAAAUAUCCUUUGGUUGAAAAAAGAUUAUGAAUCAGUUUUUUUCCCCCCCAAUAGGACCCCAAUGAGAAUUGGGUAUUUUUGUAAAUUUUUUGUAAUUAAAUGAGGCCAGACGGUUAAGAAAUUGCGAUUUGGGUCACAGACGUCUCAUUCGGGAGCAGGUGAUGGGUAAUGAACGGCACGGCAGGACCCGCCGGCGGACGUGGGCACGGUGCGCUGAGGGAGCGGUGGCUCUGUGUGGGGCAGUGCUCAGCAUCGCGCUCACAGCAUGCCUGUGUCUCAGAUUAAUGUCCAGCUGUUCAAAUGAAAGCUCAAACAAACUGCUCUCUGCUGGCCGACUCUUCAUUUCACCCUGAAUUUACCUCGCAGUAAUCCCCUUCAUAAGCGCUCAAAGGAUAGGAAUUCUGUGCUUUAUUAUACAUACUUCAGAUACUUCGGUACAAAGGGCACAUUAUGUUUGUGCCAGGCAUUGAUGCCGCGGCCGUAUAGAGGUAUGCCUGAUUCUACAGACGGGCUCGUUCCUGUCACCGUUUUAAUCAGAGCAGGUACGACGUGGGAGGACUAACAUUUAGUCAGGGUUGGAGGGCAUCACAGCAUCGAUCUCUGAUUAAAUGAGGGUGAAUUUAAGUGGGAGUGGAGGUCACAGCCUUUCCAUCCUUGAGGCCUUUUUAAUUACGGUUUGUUAAAAAAAAUAAACAGAGAGAAGCAGAAAAAUCUGAGAAACUCGAAUGCACUUAAAUCUAGAGGAGCUACAUCACAGAAUUCAUCGCAGCAGUGAUGAUACCAACAUACAGGGAUGUAGCGGAUACCAAAUCAUUUUCCAUGU